AUGUCUUGCAUCACUUUCAAUGUUGGAACUUCUUUCAAUCUUCAUGGAUGCAUUAAGCAUCAAUUUUCUAGGCCAAUUGGGUUCAGAAACCAUUGUACUUUCACCAAAUCUUCUACUCACUUAUCAAAGUCCUUGAAUUUAAGCUUUACAAAUCGUAGUUUUAGUUUAUUUGACACGCGAGCACGCUCAUUUCAAACUGUUUUCAAAUGUGUUGCUCAGAGUUCAGAGCCAUCAGCUUCUGUUGGGGUUGAAACCAACAACAAUUCGGAAGAAAGGGUGGCUGUUCUGGUUAUUGGUGGAGGAGGGCGUGAACAUGCUCUCUGCUAUGCGCUGCAACGAUCACCAUCCUGUGAUACAGUAUUCUGUGCCCCUGGCAAUGCAGGAAUUGCCAGCUCAGGAAAUGCGACUUGUAUCUCAGACCUUGAUGUUAAUGAUGGUGCGGCUGUAGAGUCAUUUUGUCGGAAAUGGGGGGUGGGGCUAGUUGUUGUUGGACCUGAAGCUCCACUUGUUGCAGGUCUAUCUAACUAUUUAGUUAAAGUUGGAAUUCCAACUUUUGGUCCAUCUGCAGAGGCUGCUGCUCUAGAAGGUUCUAAGAAUUUCAUGAAACAGUUGUGUGACAAGUACGACAUUCCAACUGCUAAGUACAAAACGUUUACAGACCCAUCCGCAGCAAAGCAAUAUAUUCAAGAAGAAGGAGCGCCAAUUGUUAUCAAAGCAGAUGGACUGGCUGCUGGAAAAGGAGUUACAGUUGCCAUGACGCUGGAAGAAGCAUAUGAAGCGGUUGAUUCAAUGCUGGUGAAAGGUGAUUUUGGUUCUGCAGGUUGUCGUGUCAUUGUUGAGGAAUUUCUAGAAGGAGAAGAAGCAUCUUUUUUUGCAUUGGUUGAUGGAGAAAAUGCAAUUCCAUUAGAAUCUGCUCAGGACCAUAAGAGAGUCGGCGAUGGUGACAUAGGGCCAAAUACCGGUGGCAUGGGUGCAUACUCUCCUGCUCCUAUAUUAACCAAGGAACUUGAAUCUAUAGUAAUGGAUUCUAUUAUAAUGCCAACAGUAAAAGGAAUGUCUGCAGAAGGUUGCAAGUUUGUUGGUGUUUUAUAUGCCGGGCUUAUGAUUGAGAAGAAGUCUGGCAGGCCUAAGUUAAUUGAGUAUAACGUGCGAUUUGGUGAUCCAGAGUGCCAGGUCUUGAUGGUUCGGUUGGAGUCUGAUUUGGCACAAGUUCUGCUUGCAGCUUGCAGGGGAGAAUUGAGUGGUGUAUCACUGGAUUGGUCUCCGGGGUCUGCCAUGGUUGUGGUAAUGGCAAGUAAAGGAUAUCCUGGAUCAUAUGAGAAGGGAACUAUAAUUGAAAACCUUGAAGAAGCCGAACUUGUUGCUUCAGGUAUCAAGAUAUUCCAUGCUGGAACUGCUUUUGAUUCUGAAGGAAGAUUUAUUGCAACUGGAGGGCGGGUUCUUGGGGUUACUGCCAAAGGAAAUGAUCUUGAAGAGGCACGGGAUCGAGCUUAUCAAGCUGUUGAGAAUGUUAACUGGCCAGGGGGCUUCUAUCGUCGGGAUAUUGGUUGGAGAGCCCUUCCUCGGAAACAACACGCCACAUAG